AUGGAUCUGGAUUAUCUUCUUCAAAUUCCCUCAUGGAAUUCUGUUGCUAUACUCGCAACAUUCUUUACUUACCUCGCAAUUGCUGGAUCUAUACUACCUGGAAAACUGGUUCCUGGGGUCCCUUUACAAGAUGGCUCUCGUCUUCAUUAUCGUUGCAAUGGGCUGUUAUCAAUGCUGUUACUGGUUGUUCUUCUUGCUGUUGGCGCUAAGAUGGAACUUAUAUCGCUCACUGUGCGCAAAAACUAUUCAGGACGCCACCUUGAGCCUUUCGAUGAUCCUCUACCAAAUAUUCUGUAUCUGGUAUUUAGAGGAGCUAACAAGCAAAAGCAUGUUUUCAAGAAGAACCCCAAAGCACUUAUAUGGGGUAAGCCACCAAAGGUUGUUGGGGGAAGCUGCUCGCUUCUGGUUAUUGAGAAAGGAGAGAUGAGGCCCGCUGUGCAGAGAAGUACAAAGAAAUAUGGGUGGAAUACCGUAGACUUGUUCCAUGGAGAAUACUGCCAUACUUUUACUGAGACGAAGGUUCUGCAAUAG